CCAUUUACCCUUGCCCAUUCGCAUUCCCAACGAACCAACACAGCCUCACAAGUAACAAACUUAUAACACACACUCUCUCUCUCUCUCUCUGCAAUGGCUGGAAUGGUUCCCCUUUGCAUUGCAUCAUUGGUCACUCUUUUUGUUGCAACAAGUGCUAGAAUUCCUGGGGUUUUCAAUGGUGGUGCAUGGCAGGGUGCCCACGCCACUUUCUACGGUGGAAAUGAUGCCUCUGGAACAAUGGGUGGGGCAUGUGGGUACGGGAACCUAUACAGCCAAGGGUAUGGCGUGAACACCGCGGCCUUGAGCACGGCGCUGUUCAACAACGGGUUGAGCUGCGGCGCGUGCUUCGAGAUAAAGUGCGACCAAGAUCCGAGGUGGUGCAACCCGGGAAGCCCUUCCAUCGUCAUCACCGCCACGAAUUUUUGCCCUCCCAACUUUGCCCUUCCCAGCGACAACGGCGGCUGGUGCAACCCUCCUCGGCCCCACUUCGACCUCGCCAUGCCCAUGUUCCUCAAGAUCGCUCAGUAUAAAGCCGGCAUCGUGCCCGUCAGUUACCGCCGGGUUCCAUGCAGAAAGGUCGGUGGAAUCAGAUUUACGAUCAACGGUUUUCGUUACUUCAACUUGGUUCUAAUCACCAACGUGGCGGGUGCAGGGGAUAUCGCGCGCGUGAGCGUUAAAGGUUCCAAAACCGGGUGGAACAGCAUGAGCAGAAACUGGGGGCAAAAUUGGCAAUCAAACGCGAAUUUAGUGGGCCAGGCCCUUUCCUUCAGAGUCACGGGCAGUGACAGACGCACCUCAACCUCUUGGAACGUGGCACCUUCUCAUUGGAAGUUCGGCCAGACCUUCACGGGCAAGAAUUUCCGCGUCUGAAAAAAAUAACAAAAUUUAAACAUGGAUGUUUGUUUUUGUAGUUGCGUUUUGGUUUUUUAGUUUUCCCGCGUUCAACUUUCCCUCUAUUUUCCCGGGAAAGUUUGAAGCCGUGUUUUGGUUUAAGUGUGUAGUAGGGGACAGAAAGUAAGAGAAGGGUAGAUAAGGUAAAAUGAAAGUGACUUUACUAUAAAUGCUAGUAGUGGGUGUGAGUAGAUGUUUCUACCACCUUUUGUUAUUGGAGGGUGAAUUUGUGUGAUAUUAAUUAUUACUAAAGUGUAUUGGGUGUUGCUGGCAAUAUUUAUUACCCAGCAAUGCUUUUUGUUGACUUGGUGGGGGCUGAGGAGGCUGCAAGGUUCAUGUAGCCCGCAUCUCCUUUAUUAUGAACUAGAAACAUUAUAUUAUGUAAUAUCUUUCAGUUAUAAUGCAUGCCACUUUAAAAUUGGUGAAUUA